AUGGGAGCGUCUUCAUCUGGACUUCUGGACGAGGCCAAAACCAUCCACAUCAAAGGACUGGUGGACAGCUGCUUUCAGAGUUUCAGUGCCUUCUAUUGUCGGCAGUAUCCAGCUGCGUAUUCUGGACACUUACAGCAAGAAGUGGAGCCUAAGAAACAGGAAAGAGGACUGAUACUGACUCAGAGGCCUCAAACAGACCCUGAAGACGUGCUGUUCCAGGGCAGAGCCAGGUUCUCCACGUGGGACGAGUCGAGCCGCAAAGGCAAAGACAAAUAUGUGGUCGUCAAGAGAAACUACAGCCUGGAGGUCCACGACAGCCAAGAGAGCUUUCUUCGAGGUUCUGCUGCAAAACUGGUCUUGCAACCAGCAGGGGGCGCUGUUCUGACCUCUGAGGGUGAGGCCCAGAAUCUGUUGGACCAGAUCUGCUCCGGAGUACUCAACGGCCUGAAGGAGGACUCGUCGUCGGCCGCGUCGCAUGCAGAGGGCUUUGUUUCGCUCUUGCACCUGCCCCACUCAGAACUCUACUGCUUCCUGUUUCAAAAUGAGAGCGAACGAUAUCACUUCCUGUCUGCCCUCCAGUCCUGCAUCCGCCACCAAAGCCUGGAUCCAUGGUGUGAGGGCUACUACGAGAGCCAAGCCUUUAUCCACGCUCUGCAGCUCUACCGACAGGACAGGGGCCACUAUGAAUGCUGGGAAAUCCUGCAGGGCCCUGAGGAACAAGUGCUGGCCGCCCAGUUUAUGGAGGAAGUGUUGCCGUGGUUACAGACGCAGCUACAAAAUAAAAUCAAAGGAAAGAAAGCAGAGAGGAUUCGAUUGUGGUUAACGACAGUGCAUGCGGCCUACACAGCGGUGUUGGAGCAGCUGAAGCCCCGUCUGGAGGCGCUGAGGACUGAAUGUCGGGAGUCUGCCACAGCCAACCAGGGCCUCGUCCGAUCCAGUCUGGACCAGAUCACUGCGUCACAGAGGUUUCUACUCAAAAAAAUACAAGGCUGUGUGGGACCAGAGGCAGAGCGUGUGUGUGGUGAGUUCAUUUCUCCGUUCCUGCCCUCGGUCUUGGAGGCGCUGACUGGGAACAUCGGCUCCGCACUGCAGGAGAUGAGACGCACGCUACAGUCACAGAUCGACUCUGCUCUGGCCGAAGCCGGAGGAGGCAGCGAGGUCACCAAGAAGGUUUUGUCUCUGACAAAAACAGGUAUGGAGAAGUGUUUCCAGCAGGUGGAGAGACUGAAGAGCGACCUCUCGGGCCUGAGUGAGCGGUUUGGUCUGAGCAGCACCGAUCGCCUGGUGCUCUCUGCACAUCUGGACAUGGAGAAGCUGUUGGACAGUGCCGUCUACACAUUUGAACUGUUCCUCAGGACUUCAGCCAGACUGCAGCCAGACCAGUUCAGCGUGAAGACGGCUCGCGCCAAAGACCGAGUGCUCAAGCAGUUGGACUAUGACAGCAGACUAGUUCAGAGGAGACUGUACAAGGAGGUUCUCCUGAGGAUCACUCUGCCCACACUGUCUCAGAGACUGCACGGCUCCUGGAAAAACGAGCUGCAACAGUUUGAACAGUACAUCUUCUCAGACUUCAGCAGCUUCAUCCUGGUUCAGAACAUUUACCAAGACGUGCUCAGUGGCAUCCUCAGCCAAGAUAUCCAAAAAGUUCUACAAGAAGCCAUGUCCAAUACUAGCAGCAACUUGUUACUGGACACAUCCGAUUUGGCCAUUAGUCAGUACAGCCUUUUGGGACAGACGCUGACCCCCUCCACACCCAACAAGCUCAUAGAGAAUCACUCCCAGCUGCCAUACGCAUGUCGCCUGGGCAUGCACUGUUUACCUCCUCCAGCGGUGAGAUACUUACCAGGGCCAGCUGGGAACACAGACUGCCCGAACUAUAGCCCAUAUCUGCCUGCAAAAUACCGAUGUAAGGAGCCCCGUGUGGAGCUUCCGCAGCGCCGUGUGGUUGGUGACACUGUGCCCGAGUUGAGAUGA